AUGAACUACGAAGACGAUGAUAGCACAAUCACAUCACAGUCCUCAUUGGACCCACACACAACCACAACAGAAGACGUAGCAGAGAUCCCAGCAAACCAGCCCAUGACAGAACAGCCACUUGCCACUCUACUUGCUGAAUUCCUGAACAAGAACUACCUUGAUGCAAUCAGGGAGAUGUGUGCUGCCAAUAAAGAGGCAAUUGACAUCGAAUACAACGACCUAAUUGCAAAUGAGAACAUCAAGGAGCACCUCGAUGCCAAUGCUGAGCUAUUCAUUGAUUCGCUCUCAGAAGCCCUUAAAAAAGUCACCCUUCAGUAUUUCCCAAACUACCUGAAUAUCAAGAGUGUCCUAUAUGGCCACAUUAUUGGACUACCUGUGAUUGAAGAGAUCAGGGCAUUGCGAAAUGAGCACCUGAACAGACUCAUCCGAAUCACUGGAGUUGUCACCAAAAGGCAUCAACUGCAGUCCAAAGUCAAAAUAGCCUAUUUCACCUGUACAGCCUGUAAAGCAGUUACUGGCCCCUACAAAGUGGAGACAAACCUGAAAGUGACCUGUUUUGAGUGCCAGAAUGGGAGCAAAAUGAUUCUAAAUGCACCACGAAGCCACUACGAGGACGUACAGAAGAUUGUGGUACAAGAGAUGCCAGGAACUGUCCCAGCUGGCUCAUUGCCUCGUAGCAGGGAAGUUGUACUCUUUGGUGACCUGAUCGACAGGGUCAAACCGGGUGAUGAAAUUGAUCUUUGUGGACUGUACAGGAAUGUCUCUUUGCAGCAGAAGAACGUGAGUUUCCCAGUCUUCCACACCCAAAUUCAGGCAUGUGGCCUACUCCACAAAAAGGCAACCAAAACUGAGAACAUCGAUUUCAAGAAGAUGGCAGCUGAUCAGAAUAUUCUGACGAAACUGAUCAACAGUUUUGCUCCAUCAAUUUAUGGCUACAAAAAUAUCAAAGUGGCCUUGUUGCUUGCUCUGGUUGGUGGAUGCAGGAAGGAGAAGGAGCAGAUGGUGCUGAGAGGAGACAUCAACGUCCUGUUGCUUGGUGAUCCAUCAACGGCCAAGUCGCAGUUUCUGAGAUUCGUUCAAUCUGUGGCAGAAAGAGGCGUCCUGGCAACAGGUCAGGGAGCAUCGGCUGUUGGACUCACUGCAACGGUGAAGAGAGACCACGAGAGCAAGGAAUGGGUCUUAGAAGGAGGAGCACUGGUAUUGGGAGACAAGGGAGUUGUAUGCAUUGACGAGUUUGACAAAAUAAACGAGGUGGAUCGAGUGGCCAUUCACGAGGCAAUGGAGCAGCAGAGCAUCUCGAUAUGCAAGGCGGGUAUCGUAGCAUCACUCCAUGCUCGCUGUUCAGUUGUGGCAGCAGCAAAUCCAAUUCGUGGAAAUUACACGAAGAACCUCUCAUUCAGUCAGAAUGUGAAUCUGAGUGAUCCAAUAAUCAGCAGAUUCGACAUUCUGUGCGUGAUUAGGGACGAAAUAGACGAGAAGAACGACAGGGAGCUGGCCAGAAGAAUCAUUCGAAACCACUUUAGUGAGGAUGAGUCUGAAGAUGAGGGCUCAGGUGAUAGGUUAAGUCUAAAUACGCUUAAGGCGUACUUGUCUUAUGCAAAGAACAACUUCAGUCCAACAAUCUCAGAAUUCAACCUGAGCAAACUCACGCAGCUCUACAUGGAUCUAAGGAAGCAUUCGAUGCACAGUGGAAUUCCAAUCACAGUCCGACUCAUUGAAAGCGUAGUUCGAAUUUCAGAGGGAUUUGCCAAAUUACGCCUAAGUCACACCGUAGAGAACGAGGACGUUGAAAUGGCCAUCAAAGUUGCCCUUGAAUCGUUCCUAUCUGCCCAGAAAUACGGAAUUGGCCAGAACCUGAGAAAGAAGUUCACCAAAUACCUGGAAACAGACGAUGAUCUGCUACUAUGGAUUCUGAAGAAGAUGAUUCAUGAGAAUGAUCUAAUAAACAUGCAGUAUAACAGAAAUGGAUCAAUUAAACUGGACGAAUAUGCUAGAAGAGUCAAGAAGAACAAGAUCAAUGGAUCAGUAGAUGAGUUCGUAGGUGGAGAGAGAUUCAAAGAAGAGGGAUUCAUAUUAACAGACGGAAUCAUCAAGUACAGGUGA